AGUAUCAAGCAUUCAUGCUCAUUCUGAUAGAGAGGCAGAUGUAGAGCGCUUGAAGACAUUGAGCUAUAAUGAAGAAAUAAUGAGACAAACGUUAAUAGCAGCAAAUGAAGGGCGUUUAGACCGAUUCUUAAAUGAUGAAGGACUUAAACGGGAUAAGGUUCCUGCCGAUGGGAACUGUUUUUUCCAAGCAGUAUGCUAUUCAGACCUUAUAUCAGAAUCACAUUCUCAACUAAGAAACUCAAUGUGUACCCACUUAGAAGAAAAUGCAGUGGAAUAUAUGGGGUUCUUAAUAAACAAGUAUGGUCCCGAAAAAGAGGAGGAAUUUGUUGCUGAAUAUCUCUCUGAAAUAGAAAAUAUUAAGAAUGAUGGAUAUUGGUCAAGCAAAGAUAUACACUAGCAAACCAGAUCAACAAAAGAUUAUUGUUGAACCAACUUUAAAGGCAAAUGACGAUCAUAAUGAAAUAAAAUUAGCAUAUAUUUCAAUCCCAGACAUUCUAAAACAUUAUGAUGCCUGCAUAAGUCUUGCUCAUGGUGACUCUGAACAGUUUGUAGCCACACCAUUACCAAGUGCAAGUACUGACAUACCUGAUUCUAGCGUUAGCAGUGCGUCUGUGCAUCAAACCCCGAAAAAGGCUGCAAAAUUUGUAUCCCCAAUGAAAAAGAAACUGUUCAGAAAGAGAAAAUCGACACCGGAGAACUGGAAGAAAAAUGUUAGGAAAAGACUUAGACUCAGUGGUGAAGAAUAUAUAUCCAGUUCUGGUAAGAAAAUAUCAAGAAAGUUAGUUCAAGAAUGUGACUGUACAAAAUGCAAAUACAAAUGUAAUGACAAAGUUUCAUUUGAGAAAAGGUGUGCCAUCAGGGACUUCUAUAAUGGGCUUGCUUCUUAUGAAAGGCAAAAGGAUUUUAUCUGUUCAAAUGUACAUGAGAAAAACACAAAAACAUAUUUAGACGAUGAUGGGAACAAAGUUGAGAAGAAAAAGCAAGUAAUGAGGAUAUAUUCUAUGGAAGUAAAUAAUCACAGAGUUCGUGUGUGCAAAAAGUUCUUUUUGAAAACAUUAAGCAUAAGUGAAGCAACUGUAGCACAUGCUCUUACAAAAAAGAUGUCUGGAUAUAAGGAAGGGACGAGCGUGGAAGACAAAGAGCUCCGAAUAAAACUUUAUGAAAAUGCAAAAACAGAUGGAACAUUGGAUGAAAAACUAGAAGAAGAGUACAAACUGCAUCAAGAAAGAAAGAAAGUGGCUAGAGAACAAAAACAGAAAGAUAACCAUAUUGCAAGACAGGAUAGCAAAGUUAAAACUUGCACAUUUGAUUUACAGUCAGUCUUGUAUACGCCAUGUUCCCUUGUCAGCUUGAUGUACUAUAUGAGAAAACUUUGUUGUUAUAAUCUCUCCAUCUAUAGUGCAGGUGACAAAAAAGCAACAUGUUACCUAUGGUCAGAAACAGAUGGAAAACGAGGAUCAAAUGAGAUAUCAACAUGUUUGAAUCUGUACCUUUCGAGACUGGAGUCACCAGUAGAGCAUGUAAUACUAUACUCAGAUGCAUGUGCUGGGCAAAAUAAAAAUCAGAUAGUUGCAACCUGCCUCCUUAAUUCUGUCACAACAAUACCAGGAUUGAAAAUCACUGACCACAAGUUUUUGGAGAGUGGACAUACGCAUAUGGAAUGUGACUCCAUGCACUCGGCAAUUGAAUUUGCUAAGUCCAAGACAAAAACCUUUGUUCCAGGUCAAUGGGAAACAGUUAUAUCAAUGGCCAGGAGGAAAAGCCCUUACAAUGUUGUAAGUUUAAAAUUCUAUGACUUCAAAAAUUUCAAAUCAGCAAGAACAAAAGCAAAUUCUAAGACUGAAAGUGGCAAAAAGCCAAGAUGA